AUGUUAGACUAUAAUAUUAACAAUAUUGACGUACUUGUAUCAUUUUGCAAAUGUAAAUUUGAGAAUUUAAAUAUUCGUAUCAAAAAAGCCUGGCUUACUGAUCGUGUUCAAAAAAGUUGUUCCGAAAACACUAACAACACUAAUAACAAAGAUGAAUUAUUUAAUAAAAUCUAUAAAGAAUUCUUAAAAUCCAAUCUAAAAGAUUCUAUUUAUCCAACUAUACCACGAAAUAUUAUUGACUCACAUCUUAUAAUGAUUGCUGAGGACAAGCCAGUAGUUUUACAGAUAGUUGACAUUGUAGAAACUGGUGUUUCCACACUAAAUCUAAUUGACAUAGUAAAUAGUUAUCUAGCUGGAUCGUUUAAACAAGGUCAUAAAUACAAGCAUAUUAGUGAAAAAAUAGAAAAUAAUGAUGUAAAUAUUAUACUUCCACGUUCUUUACUUAAAUUAAUUUUAUCUGAUGGAAGUCAACUUUUUGAUGUAAUGGAAUAUAAGCCUAUAAAAGAUUUAAUACAAGUUUUAAGAGGUUACUUUCGCCUUGUACCAGAAAACAUAAGUAUUUUAGGUGGAUUUGAAAAUAUUGAUCAAUACAAGUAUUUAAAUGUACUACUUGAAAAACUAAAAAAACAACUAAGUGAAAAGGAUGCAGUUUCAUUAUCUGCUAAUUAUGAUUACUCGGUGCCACAACUGUUACAACCUGAAAACAAUAUAGUAGGAUAUUAUCAAAUAAAUGAAUCAGAAGAAUCUUUGUCACGGAAUAAAAAUUAUUUCAUUAAUAAUGAUAUUGAUGACGUUGAUAUUAUGGGUACAAGUCCUCCCCAAAAAAGAAGAUCAGGUGCUAGUCCUCAAGAUAUUUCAAAUAUUAUCGAAAUUAAUGACGAAGAAGACAAAGAUAAUAGUCAAUCUUCAAAUAAAAGAAGACAUUGUAGAUAA